CAGCUAACUCGUUGCUGGGUGGUAGCUGGGGUGCUCAGGCAGAGUUAUUCUCUAACCCGAGUCACGUCGGCGGCUCUGGCUGGAAGAGGCAAAGCGGCCGGGUUGCACGACCGAUCUUUAACCCCGUGCAAGGGCCGGACGCCGUCGGGGCAGUGGGAUUGCAACACGUGCCCCUCCUCUGGGCUUUACUCCGAGCAGAGACAGCGAUAGGAGGCGAGGGCGGUGCGCGCCGAGGAGGAGCCGGGCUGCAGCGGGCAUCGCUUCUCCCGCCAGCGGCGCCGAGACAGCCAAGCCCCCGGGCCACGCGGCGCGGAGAUGCCCCGGCUGCUGGCAGCCGCCCUCGCGCUGACCGCGGCUCUCAGCCCGCUGGCCUCGGCUCAGCAGGGCCCUGCCGCGGGCCACUUCGCCGACGACGUGCUCAGCCUGUUCGGGGUGAACUGCAGCCUGUCGGCCGCCCAGCUCACCCGCCUGCUGCAGACGCUGGGCGCCGCGGGGCGGCAGGGGGCAGCGACCCUGGGAGAGCUCCACCUGCUGCACCACAACGAGUGCAUGUCUGGGGAGGACAUCUUUUCAUUUCAUGGAUUGCCGAACACCAGCCUGAUAACAAGUUCCAACUUCUCUGCAAUGUGUCCAGCUGUCUUGCAACAGCUGCUUUUUCACCCUUGUGAUAAUUUGUCAAAGCCAAAGAAUACAUUUGUUCCGUCUCCUUCACAAGUUUGGGGGUUUGGGUUCCUUGCCGUGACUCUCAUUAACCUGGCAUCACUCCUUGGAUUGGUUUUUAUUCCUCUCUUAAAGAAGCCAUAUUUCCCCAAGAUUUUAACCUAUUUUGUGGGCUUGGCCAUUGGGACCCUCUUUUCCAAUGCGAUUUUCCAGCUUAUUCCAGAGGCAUUUGGAUUUGAUCCUAAAACUGAUAACUAUAUUGAGAAAGCAGUAGCUGUGUUUGGUGGAUUCUACAUUCUCUUCUUUGUGGAAAGGAUUCUUAAAAUGAUACUGAAGACCUAUGGCCAGAAUGGCCACACUCACUUUGAAAAUCAUGAACAGAAUCCUCCUCAGACUAAGAAUAAUCCACCUGCACCACUGAAAUCUGAUAAUGGGAUGAUGUGCUAUGCAAAUCCAGCCACAAUAGAACCGAAUGGAAACCUCAGUUUUGACACUGUUAGUGUGGUCUCUGCUCAGGAAGAGAAAACCCAGAGGUGCCUAUGCAAAUGUUUAAAGGGACCCACCCUCUCAGAGAUUGGAACAAUUGCCUGGAUGAUCACACUGAGUGAUGCCUUGCACAAUUUCAUUGAUGGUCUGGCCAUUGGUGCUUCCUUCACCCUGUCAUUACUGCAGGGCCUCAGUACAUCUAUAGCAAUCUUAUGUGAAGAGUUUCCUCAUGAACUGGGGGAUUUUAUCAUUUUGGUAAAUGCUGGGAUGAGCACCUACCAGGCUCUGUUUUUCAACUUUCUUUCAUCAUGUUCCUGCUACAUUGGUCUGAUUUUUGGUAUAUUAGUGGGCAGCAACUUUGCUCCUAAUGUUAUCUUUGCAGUUGCUGGUGGUAUGUUCCUGUACAUUUCUCUGGCCGAUAUGUUCCCAGAGAUGAAUGAUAUGCUGAGAGAGAAAGUGACUGGCAGAAAAACAGAUUUAACCUUCUUCCUCAUUCAGAAUGCUGGUUUACUAACAGGAUUUGCUGCUAUACUGCUGAUUACCAUAUAUGCUGGAAACAUUGAGUUGGAAUAAAUGAGACUCUGAAGGAUAGAACUGAUAAUGAAGGAGAUCAGUAAAUUUAUAAAUGCAAAUAAUAAAUGCAAGGACUCUUGAAAUCUAUAAAGGGACUUUAAUCUACCUGGUUUAAAACAGUGACCCAGUUUUCGUCUGCAAAACACAGAAUGUUAGCUUUUCUUUUAGGUCUUCCAACUCAUCCCUGUGAAAUGGGCCAUCAACUUCUGAUAAUUACAAGCAAUGCAAUCAAGCACUUGUUUUUAAUUGAAGGUUCCAUGCAUAUUCUGUACAAUGGAAAAACAAAGAUGUUCUUAUUCAGUGCAAUUAAGCAGGAGGCAGCUAUGUAUACUAUAUGUAUUCCAUAUAACUUGGACUUAAAGAAAUAAAAGUUCACUAGUCUGGACAUUUAUACAAAAAAUUGGUAAGGUUCACAGUCUUAAUUUAACCAUGAUGAAAACUAACCAUGUUGGAAACUGCUUGCUUUCAUGACUUGUGUUGAGGGCUUCCCUAUAAACAUACAGCCCCCCACACCAAACUCUUUAAGAAUAGAUAUAAGUUAAUCUAAUAUUCUAUUAAACACUGGAUGGAAAAAUAGCAGUUAAAGAGAAAAAGAUCAAAAAGCAUUAAGUGCACUAAGAGGCUCUGGAUUUAUUUUGAAAACAUUUUAAAAGAUAAUAUUGUAUUAAAUUUGACAGUUUAUGAAUUCUGUAAUUUUUAAAAGAAUGGUGUUUUAAAUUUUGCAAAUACUUUGCCUUGAAAUGUUUGAGUUUGUUUUAUAUUCAUUUUAUAUAUAUAUCAGGUUCCACUGAUACUAUUCUGGGGAAAAAUCAAUUUUUUGUUUAGCUUUUGUAAGCUCUCAUUGCCAACGUUAUUGACAACUUGCACUAUGAAAAAAAAAGAUGUCAGCAUUCAAAGGGUUUCUGUGGUGAGUAAUUUCCUUGUACAAAGUUCAGUGUAGCAAGGGAAAUUACAGAUAUUUGGAAGACAAAUUUUGCAUUCCUUGGACUUUCAACACAUUAACUUUUUUUGGAGUAGAAUUUCCAAAAUCAUGUUUGCAAGAACCCAGUUUUUUUAAAAAACAAAGAAUACAUGUGGCCUUUUGUUGAGGGUUGGAGUGAGAGGAAGGAAAAAUAUCUAGUAUUUCUUUUCAGAAAGAGGAAUAUUGUUUUAUACUGAAUUAUUUACGGUUUCCCUUUGUACAAGAACAGCUUUACCAUUUCCAAAUAAAUGUUGUCUUUCACCUCA